GGCUACAUACCAACAUGGUUGGUAGCCCUGUUGGCAUGAAACUCUAAUGCCCCAACCCCCUUCUUAGAAGGACUGAGCACUUGCAAAAGGGAAUGUUACGGUGGACAGUGCAUUUAGAAGGUGGGCCCCGGAGAGUAAACCACGCUGCUGUGGCUGUUGGACACAAAGUCUACUCUUUUGGCGGUUACUGUUCUGGGGAAGACUAUGAGACACUGCGACAGAUCGACGUUCAUGUAUUCAAUGCAGUCUCUCUGCGCUGGACCAAACUACCACCAGUGUGGACAAACAGCAGAGACCAUGUGAGGGAAGUUCCAUACAUGAGAUACGGACACUCUGCAGUGCUUAUUGAGGACACCAUCUACAUUUGGGGAGGCCGCAAUGACACUGAGGGAGCCUGCAAUGUCCUAUACGCCUUUGACGUCAGCACGCACAAAUGGUUCACACCAAAAGUUUCUGGAAUGGUUCCGGGAGCAAGAGAUGGACAUUCGGCUUGCGUCUUGGGGAAGAGCAUGUAUAUCUUUGGGGGAUAUGAACAACUGGCUGAUUGUUUUUCAAAUGACAUCAACUCUAAGAGUCUACUUUAA